AUGAAAAUUCUGGAUAUUUCUAAAAACAUAAAAUUUUCUAAAAAAUACUCAACAUUAAUUAAGGAUCAAAACUUCUCUAAAUCACUUCACUUUACUGACUAUACAUCUCUAUAUAUUAUUAUGAGCAAUAAGAUUAAACUACCAACUAGUAGGUUAGCAUCUCUCUAUAGAGAUUUUAGAGACCUUAAGGAUCUUAACCCUGACGGAUAUCAAGCCAACAUUAAUACGUGGAAAGAUUAUUUCACCAAUAAUUUGUUAAAUGACACGAGCACUCUCUCUGUACAUUGUGGUAAGAAUCUAUUACAUAAACUGAAUGAUAGUAUAUAUGGUGAACCGAAAAGUAUAGAUAUUGUUAUCGACGAGUUAGUUAGUGAAAAUAUUUUGAUACCAUCAGAGUCAUAUUUUGAUACAAAUAAAAUCGAUUUUGAUAGUAGUUCCAACAAGAUAGGUAUAUUAUCUAGACUAUUUGGGCUACUGGGCCUAAGAAAUGAAAUGAAAUUUACUUCCCGGGUUACUAGAGAUGAUGACACUUAUCUAAAGACUGACAUAUUGAUAGUCAUCAAUAACGUUAAGAAAUCAGGACGAACAAUAGCAGAUAAUAUAUCUAAAAAUAUCGUUGAUAAUUCCUCCGAGUUAACGGAUUUAGUAAUGAAUACAGACACAUUUUUUAAAUCCUCAAAAGUCUGUGACCUCUGGAAGAACAAAAUAGACCAAAAUAUAGUACUUUUUUAUCUUGAAUAUUAUCUUCAUCUGAUUAUUACCGAUAAAAAUAUCGUCAAGGUAAUCAGUGAUAUAAACAAAAAGGAACUAGAGAUAUCAAAUAAUAAAAUUACUGACAUCGAUAUAGGAAUAGUGGAAAUAAAAAAUACGCUGAAUAAUUUAAACAAACAAAUAUCCAAACUGGUAAAUGAGAUUAACGAAAUUGAAACAAAACUACAAUCCGGUAAAUAUAAAUCAUUAUCAAGGACAACUCAAAAAGGAAUCCUAAAGAACAAAAUUAUUUCACAACGAUACUUAGAAAAACUAUCAGGAAAUAAAAAUAAUCUGACAGAAAUUAUGAGACAAUUAAACAUGUCGUUGGUUAACAAAACAAUGUUUGACACAUUAAAACAAUCACAUGACGUAAUUACAUCAAUAAAUGAUUAUAUUGGUAGUAUCGAUAAAGUAACUGAAUUAUUAGAGGAUAUAGAUGUUGAGAAUGAAAAAGCUACCGAAUUAAAUGAAAUAUUAUCGAAAACGAAUGACCUAGAUAAUUCUUUAUUCGAGGAGGAAGUCAACAACGAAUUAGCUGAAUUAGAAAAACAGAUGAAGACAGAAAAACAAAAAGAAUCAACUAGUGAGGUUAGGGAAAAUACCUCGGCGGAGGAAACUGAAGUAAUGGAAUUGCUUAGAGCAGUUACUCUCGAAGACAAAAUUAUCAAGCCAAAUAAUCAACAUGAAUCCAAUACUAAAAUAAUGGAAGAAAAGGUCCUGGAACCUGUAAGUUGA